UCUAGGCCACACCGAGUGAAGAGGAAUUGUCUUAUACCAAAUAUAUAACAUAGUUAAUGUAUACAAAGCACAUAAUAAGAUUAGAAGUUUAUGAUCUUGUGGGACCACAUUAUUAGCUGCCCAGAGCUGCACGAGGCCCAUGGGCCAAGGGUUAGACACUCCCGGUGGGUCAGAUAAAGUGUUCCCCCUAGAUUCAAUAACACAAUUCAACCUUAAAAUAGAGAUGAAUUUCCACAGCAUCAGUGACACCGCUCGCGAUUCGGAGGUGACAGUGUCCCCAAAGAAUUGGAAAAUAUCAGGGUGGGCAAAUUCCUGGGAAGGGGCGUCCACGGUUAAUCCAAUUUUGGAGCAAGGACACGUGAGAUGGGUGCAUAUGUGUGCGUAGACACGAAUCCUUAAACCGCGCCUCCCCCCGAUGCCAAUAAGGCGUGAAACAGACGACACGCGGAAGGGAUUGGAUUACAUUGUCUUGAUUAUAUUUUUUUAAUAAUUCAUCGGCGAGGUAAAUCCAAAAGCUGGCAUAGCCGAUGUUCCCUCCCCACCGCAUCUCUUCCUUCCUCUUACAAUUGGAUUGAUGGACUCAUUUUCGCUUAUUCGGAGCGACAGGCUGUGGCGUUUGCAGAAGGGUUUGGUCUCCGUCAUCGCGCUGCAAAAGCGAGCGAGCGAAAGCGACAAGGAAGGAGAGGAAGAGGAGGAGGGGGGGAUGAAGGGGAGGUGAACACAUCCGACGAGCCGGCUGCAAUGGGCCUCAGCUAAUCCAGACCCUUCGGAGGAUCUGUCUUCCCGCUGCCACCGCCGUGGAUCAGAAGCUCCUUGGAUUCGGUUCUCUCCUCGCCGCCCUCAUCGCCGGUUGACCACAUUUUUCCUUGACACACAAUGAGCGCUGUCUGGUAAAGAAGAAGCGGCGUGCCGUGCCGCCUUGCCCCUUUCGGGUUCUCGCGAUGUGAUUGUAUUGCGGCUGCUGGAAGUGAAGGGAGGCAGAGGAGGCAGGGUGGCCCGGGGGUGGAGGAAGCCUGAGGCUAUGUGGUGUCAGCGACACCAGAAGAUUUGGUGAAUCAUGAUGAAGACUGAGUCCCCUAAUAAUCCUGGGGGCAGUGGCACCAGCAGCAGUGGGGGCAGUACCACCAGUGGCAAUGGGGCUGGAGGUGGCCUGAGGAGUGCCUCACCUCACCGGAACGCCUAUGAAGCUGGCAUCCAAGCUCUGAAAGCUUCCAAAGAUGCCCUGGGCCAAGCUGACAGUGAGGAGGCCAAGAAAGCCAGGAACAAGAAGUAUGGAUCUAAUGUCCAUCGGAUCAAAAAUAUGUUCCUGCAAAUGGGCACUGCGCCGCCACCAGGGGAGGGAGCAGUUGAUCUGGCCAAGAUGAAGGAGAAGCCGGUCCGGUUGUCCUUGCCCCGGGCCAGCAGUCUGAACGAGAAUGUAGACCAUAGUGCAUUGUUGAAACUGGGCACUAGCGUAUCUGAGAGGGUGAGCCGGUUUGACUCCAAAACAGAUAAGCCAUUGUCCAAGCUCCAGGAGACAAGGAAGAUCUUCGAGAGGAGUCUCCAGGAGAAGGAGACCACCAACAAACUACUUCUGAGGAAGGAGAGAGCUGGCUUCCAAGACCGGAAGUUGGAUGUGGUGGUGAGGUUCAACGGCAGCACAGAAUCCCUAGACAAGCUAGACACAGAGGCUGUUUCUCCCACUGUAAGCCAACUCAGUGCUGUCUUUGAGAAGGCUGACCUGAGGAAUAACCUCCAUAAAGCCCCUGGCAAAGUUGGGCCUCUCAACUCCAAAAUUGUUAGCAAAAGGUCCAGGGUUUUCCUCCAGACUCCAGAAGGAGGGCCCAAGAUGGAAACCAGGAAUAGUGAUGGGCCUGCACUCCAAGUAAGAGCAAGGUUGCCUGAGACUGACAAAGCCCAAAACAAGCUGGUGCCUGGUGGGUCAGUAGCAGGAAAGACAGGGGAUAAGGACUCCAACAUGGGGCUACGUCCUCAGAAGGUCCAAGAAGUGCGCAAGAUCAAGCCUGUGGAAGUGGAAGAGAGUGGAGACUCUGAACAGGAAUUUGAGGCAGCUGAGGUGGCGGUGGCAGCAGCAGCAGUGGCAGAUGAGAACAGCAAGGCCUCUAAGGCGCCUGACCCUCUCAGGGCCGAGGUGAUUCAGGCUGAGGUCACAGUGCAUGCGGCCUUGGAAAAUGGCCAGAUGGGUGGUGAAAGAUAUUUAGAAACUCCAGGCCCAUUGGCAGACACUUACUGUGAGGAAGUGGCCAAGGCUGAGGGACCAGAGGAGAAUGACCUAGGUGAUGAGUCUAAGAAGGAGGACUUUUCUGAGGCUGACCUGGUGGACAUUAGUGCCUACAGUGGACUGGGGGAGGAUUCAGGAGGGAGUGGGCUAGAUGAAGAUGAGGAUGGUGAUGGACUGUAUGCACCAGAAUCUAGCUGUGUCGAGAUCCCUGGGCUGUCAGAAGAGGAUGAGGCUGUCCCUAAUCGCAAGAUCCACUUCAGCACAGCCCCAAUACAGGUUUUCAGCACUUAUUCCAAUGAGGACUAUGACCGUCGAAAUGAAGAUGUUGAUCCUAUGGCUGCCUCAGCAGAGUAUGAACUUGAAAAAAGAGUGGAAAGGCUGGAUCUUUUUCCUGUGGAACUGGAAAAAGAUUCUGAGGGUCUUGGGAUCAGUAUUAUUGGAAUGGGGGCUGGAGCUGAUAUGGGUCUAGAAAAGCUUGGCAUAUUUGUCAAGACUGUGACAGAAGGAGGAGCAGCUCAUCGAGAUGGCAGGAUCCAGGUGAAUGACCUUAUCGUUGAGGUGGAUGGUACCAGUUUGGUGGGCGUGACUCAAAGCUUUGCAGCCUCUGUGUUGAGGAAUACCAAGGGUAGAGUCCGGUUCCUUAUUGGCAGGGAGAAGCCAGGAGAGCAGAGUGAAGUGGCGCAACUGAUCCAGCAGACUCUGGAACAGGAACGAUGGCAGCGAGAAAUGAUGGAACAGAGAUAUACCCAAUAUACAGAGGAGGAUGAAGAAACAGGGGAAUAUGCUACAGAUGAAGAUGAAGAGAUGAGCCCCAUGUUCCCCAACAAUGAGAUGGCUAUUGAGGUUUUUGAAUUGGCUGAAAAUGAAGAUAUGCUGUCUCCAGUGGAGAUGGAUCCUGAAAAGCUAGUGCAUAAAUUUAAGGAGCUCCAGAUCAAGCAUGCUGUGACUGAAGCUGAAAUACAGCAGCUGAAAAGAAAGUUACAAUCAAUUGAACAGGAGAAAGCUCGCUGGCGCAUUGAGAAAGCCCAGCUGGAACAGAGCGUAGAAGAAAACAAGGAGCGGAUGGAGAAGCUGGAGGGAUAUUGGAUGGAGGCUCAGAACUUGUGCCAGGCUGUGGAUGAGCACUUAAAAGAGACCCAGGCCCAGUACCAGACUCUGGAAAGGAAAUACAGCAAAGCUAAGCGACUUAUUAAGGAAUAUCAACAGAAAGAAAUUGAGUUCCUCAAGAAAGAGACAGCUCAGCGUCGCAUCCAAGAGGAGUCUGAAUUGUCUCACAAGGAGGAAGUUGACAAGCUGCAAGAGAAGAUCUCUGAACUGGAGGCGAAGCUGCAGACUUUGAAAAAUUCCAACCCGACUUAAAAAAAGAGUGAGAGAGCAGAAAAACAUAUAAACCAACAGAGAAAUUAAUUCAUCUUAUUAUUAACUAUUAUUACUAUUAUUCGCAAGGGAAAUCUUUAGAAUUUUCUUCCAUCCAUGCCCAGUCUUUAUUCUUCCUCAUCCUAUGCCUCGUUCCCUUUAUUUUACUGCAGGGAAAAUACUGUAAAGCCCAACAUGUCAGAAGAACUACUACAACAAAAGUAGUAAAUGACCUUGCCGUCUGUUGAGUAUGAGGCUGUGAAAGACCAGGUGGGGUGGUGAAAUUCUAGAUGGACUGCAGAGACACAACCCUCCUCUUGAUGGUGAUGAAUCAUUGUCAGUUUCUGUGUCCGGUGUGCGUCUUGUGUCAACUGGAGAAACAGACCAUGGAGGGCGGGGAGGUGGUCAUUGUGUCCAGUGAUUUGUGUCUUCUGUCCCAUCUGCCUGAUGAGAAUCUUUAUGGAUUGGGACUGAUGCCCCAUGUCUAUACAUUAACUUGUUGGCUCUUCAGUUGUGCAGGCAACAAACUAGAACAUAGAAAAACUCUGCUGGUGACAAAUAAGACCAGCGGUUUUCAUUUUGCUUCCUGAAUCUUAAUCCUUCGACAUGGUUGGGGUGAAGGGUGGGACCCUUGUCUAGCUUUGAGAUGGGAAGAUUUUUAAUUUUCCAUCGUUUGGACAACUUGGAAUCCAUUGUUCUCUUAUGUUUUGUGGGUGGGAACUAAAUCGGUUUUCUAACGAGUGAGCCAGCAGGAGGUUUUGUUGGCCAUCUUUGGGACAUCCCUGCUGACAUCUGAAAAAACAUCACAAUUGACUUUUACAUCAGGGAAGAAAUAUCAGCCAGUUUUUCUUUUUCUCAUUACAUUUUAUUCAUAUUUUGGAAGAUUCCUGGGAAUCUACAUUCUGGAGACUAACAAACUGGACUCUCCCAAAGGACUUGAGGGUUCAGGCAUAAUUGCUAAGAGCAAAUAUAUCAAGGCAGCUGUAGCCAGGAAAUGAAGCCAGAAACUUUAGGAAAACGUGGAACUGCCAUUCUCUAUUUGCAUCUCCAAAAGCCACCAGUUUGUGUUGGAUCCAUCUCACUACUGUCAGCAUCAGGGUUUGCUGGGGAAAUUGGAAUCUGGAACUAAUUAGGAGCAAAAACGUGAAAACAAAGCCCUGGUGGUCAAAAGCAAAGUGUACAAUGAAUCUUGUCUUUUUAAUUUAAUGGUAAGGGAUAUUGCCUUUUGUUUUCAUUCAUUACAUCAUUCCCAGGUCUGCACAGAUCCAUUUAGUGCUGGGAUUUAGAGUUCCCCUCUCUUGUUGGCAUACUGCACUCCCUGGUAGUGAUACAAUGUCAUGUGUUGCACAUGUUACCCUGUCAGUAUCUUAACUUCAACAUAUUUCGUUUCUGAAGGAACAAAUAGUGUAGACAGUAACCACAGAAAGGUCCAAAAUGCUAUAACACCUUAGCUGCCUGGGAGAUCUUAUGCCACAGAAGUUUUGAGUUACAUCAGAUGCUGCUGGUGGUUUACAAAAGCUGUCCAAGGUGCCACAGGACUUCAACUUUUUUUUGCCUCCUACCCAUUUCCCUCUAUAUAAUGAAGCAAAGCGGAAUGCUGUAGUUGUUAUUCUAUGUUCCUGCAUGCUUAUGAGUCAUGAGCUAGGGAGCAAUAUUCCAAAAAGCUAUUCAUUCAGAAUCACAAUAUUACACCACAGAAAAGAGCAUUUCCAUGGAAUAGCAAGUCCUUACAAGCGCCACAAGUCUUGAAAUCUGUAUUCCAUCAGUUUCAUGGUCAGUUUAUAAGCUACACAAUGUUAGUGUCAAGGAUAUAUGUAACAGAGUAAUGGCCAAUGUUUUAUGCAGGGAUAAUAUUAAAAGGGAGUAAAGAAAAAAGAAGAUAUGUUGUGAGGUAUAGCAUGCGGAAACUCAAGAAGGAUCUCCAAAAAUGUUUUCUCUGUUAAUGGUCUUGGUUCACACAAUAUACCAAGCCAUACUGUAGUUUGUUCGACAUUUACCAUGUGCAAAUCCAGCACAAUUGAAGCUUAGUCAAUCAACUACAGUAAACCUACCACAGUGUACAUGAUGUGAGAAACUAGAUGUGUCUAUCCUUGUUACUUUCUUAGACAGAACUUUUCUUGUUAGUUAUUUAGACCCAUUCUUUGCCUGGAUUUUAGCUGAAUGUUGUAUUAUUUUAAUUUUUAAACAUGCACCAAUAAUCAAGUCCCCAUAUAAGAUCUUGCAUAUAAAGUAAGCUCAUGAAAAACAUGGAAGUUCCUUCUCUUGCUGGUGUUCUCCAUCUGUGGAGUUAUAAUUCGCAUGGUUUCAAGCCAGCAGAUGAGCAUUGUAGUUCUGCACACCCAGAAGAUACCAGGUUGGCAAAACUUACAGAAACAACUGUUUUAGAUUGUUUUAUCUUUUUGUUUUAAAAUAUAUAAUGUAAAAAGGGGGGUUCAAAUCAAUUUCUCUCAUCCAAUCAUAGCACAACCUAUUGCGUGAUACCAGGCUCCUGGGGAUAUUAAGUCUUUUGACAGUAUUUUUAAUAGCAUUGUUAAUGUGCACUCAGAAUUAUUUAAUAUCUUCUAUGAGAAGUAGCAAUAGUAUAUUUUGUAAAGUCGUUGCUAGAAAAGUAACUUUUUUGUCAAAAAGAACAGAGCUAUGCCACUUCAAAAGGUUGGAAUUAAUUAUUUUAAAAUAAUAUUUUGUCAGGAAGAGUCUGGAUGGUUUCCUUUAGAAUUGUUAUGUUCUGACCCACAUGUGCUCAUGUACUUUUCAUUGUGGGAAAGAAGAUCCCAGGAUAUUUUUUCCUAUAAUUUGAGAGAGCUUUUCUUGGAUUAAUACUGCUAUAGAAAAAAGAUACCGUAGCACUCAGAUAGAGACUGAAUAUCAGGGUCAACAUUAUAGAAGUUGGUUUAUUUUGAAGGAUGAUAACUUAUUUCACUUAUUUCUCCAGGACCCACCUAGGAAUUUCCAGAUCCCAUAAUGAGGGUGUGUAGUUUAUUUGUGAUAAAAGUCAUUCAUUUAUCCUUCAUAAUUUGCAAUUCAAAGAUUUGAUGGGUGAAAACUGUUCACAUAUGAGUAUUCAAGAAGAUCACUUCCCAGAAUUAGAAACUUUUCAUAUUUUCGUGAUUCAUUUAUAUACUCACAUUGCUCAAACAGUGACAGUUUGCUGGGUUAUUUUCCAAGUUUAAUUUAUACCUGGACUGGAUAUUCUAUCCACAUGCCAUGAUUUAUGAGUAAGGAACUUCAGUUUGACAAAUAUUUUGGAUUCAGUAAUCAAAAAUUAAAAAGUGAAAGUCCAAGACUUUAUCCUAGAAGUGAGGAAUUAAAGUAUUUGGGAAGGGCACUUCCCUUGGUCCUCUACAUUGAAAGGGUCACAUUGUAAAUGCUCUCACAUUUACAUAUCCUAAAGCUCAUUGCUCUUGAAGCUGAAGCCAUCAUAUUGUAUGUUCAGGCACAUAUAACGAGAGUAUGCAUUUUAGUGCUCUUAAAUUGCUCAAAAGGUUAUUGCAAGUCUAGUUCAGCCAAUUUACAGCCUCAGUCCCAUUUACAUGUUAUAUUUGUUGCAGCACAUUUUCCAUCAACUGCUGGGGUGAUAAUUUGUCUGAUACUUGAAGGAUCCAGGUUCGGUAGGAACUUACAUGUGUAUGAUUCAGUGAUGUCAUUCAAAAUAACACGUCGUAUACUAUGUUCUCUUUAUGCAUACAGAUGGAAGAAGUUGCAGAAAUAGCCACAACAGGAGAAAUUGUGCCCUUCUCCUAAUAACAUGGGAAUUCCCAUACAUACAAAAUGAAAACCAUGGGAAGUAGCUCGAAAAGACUCUCCUUCAUCUCCAUACUGGAUUACAGCAGAUUAAGUAGAUCUGCAUCCAGCAAGAUAGUAUAAAAGAUACACAAAAUGUUCUAACUGGAUGAAAGGUGGACAGGGAAUUGUAAUCUUCUGAAAAGCAGAUCAGAUUUAAAAGAAAACAUCUUAAAUUUAAUCUCACAAAUAUAAAUGUAUAUGUAUAUAAUAUAUAUAUAUAUAUGUAUGUAUGUAUGUACGUACGUAUUGUUCCUGGUUUUGUAUUCCAAUUGUCCUACCAUCUGGUCAUAUAAAUAGCAAGUUUUUGUUUCCAACCCUGUUCAGUUUUUCAAACAUUGCAGGGGAGGAACUUGCAUGAAUGCACUUGGCUGAUGUAGCUAAAAAUGUUCUUCUAGAGAAUCAUUAUAGAAGAGCAAGAGGAAAUUUUUGUAUAGAUAAGUGGAUAGGAUGUAACCCAUCAAUGAGGAUUCAAAUAUAAAAUCCUCUUUUCAUUGUGAUGUUGGCCUUUUUUCUUCUCUGUUUCUUGAACAAAAACUAUUUAAUCCAUCGCCCAAUAAGAUAGCCAAGUAUGGAAAGCUGGCAUGGAAUGCACUUUUAUGUAUGCAAUGUUUGCAUACAAAUGGAUGACUGCUCCAGAAAUUCAUACACUGAGAGAUAUUAACAUGAUUUGAAGAUGGGAUUGUAUAACUUCCAUUAAAGUCCAUUAAUGCCUUUUAUAGACCUCACUUUUGGAUUGCAGAAGAAAUGAGAUAUGAAAAUAUCAAGGCAGAUUAAUGUUAUAAAAGUCAAAUGAAAGUAGCAGCUUAGGGAGGAGAGUUGCACUUUCUUUAAAAAUUGUUUUGCAUCUGAGAGUCAUUGUUGGAACACAGCAGUGAUACAGUGAUGUUUCUGAAUGAGGUGGCAUUGGAAUGUUCACCCCCUGUAGGGAAAUUGGGUGUAAGUUUGUUGUUGCUUUUAAAGCAGAACAGCUUCUUUAAGCCUAUCAGAUUUCACAAAUGGCUAUUUACUUUUUUAAAUGCAAAAAAACAGCAACAUUCCAUUGUAAUUCAACAAUUUGCCACAAAAAUUUGUCAAAAAGUGCAAAUAAAAAAGGUGCAAGCUACAUGUGAUUUUAUGGGCUAGAAAUUGCCCAUUCCUGUGCACCAGGACAAUCUAAGAACAAGUGAAGACCUCAAAAAAAGGAGAGGGUAUAUUUGAUUCAGAAUUGAACUGUGUGAUUCACUUAACUAUUUUGUAUUUCGCCUUGAUAUAUUCAUGGAGAGGCCAGUCAACGUCACUGGGAUUGAAAAUGUUUGGUUGGGGCUCAGAAACCAUGCCUUCAAAUAGAACAAAAGUUUACUACAUCAGAAAGUCACAAUAAAAAGAACAAGGUUAUCAAAAUUGGAGGUAAAAAGUGGAAACAAGCAUGAAAUGUAUUAGAUUUUUACCCUGCCUUCAUUACUUUAUAAUUGACUCAAAAGUGGCAAAUGUAUAUAAUACUCCUUCCUUCUCUUUUCCCCCACAAAAAUAGUUCUGUGAGGUGGGUUGGGCUGAGAGAAUGACUGGCCCAAGGUCACCCUUGAACCAGUCAUUCAUGCCUAAAGCAGAAUGAGAACUCACAAUCUCCUGAAUUCUAGACCAGUAUCUUCACCAUUACACCAAAUUUUUUUUUAAAAAAUUAUUUUGGGUUUAAACUACAGGUUUGGGGUGAAAAUGCAGUUUGCCAUUUGUGUUUCUAGGCUGUUGCCGUGCAAAAUAGUAUUGCGAGGGGUCCUUGGUGCUCUCUGCACUUGGUUGUUUCCUUGCUAGUCACAAGCAUUGAUGUUACCUAGUUUGGGUAACGAAGCAUCUGCAAGAAAACAAUAAAGCUCAGAGAGCAUCAAAGAUUCCUCACUUCAACCCUGAGCUGCAAAUAUUCUCCUUUAAAGUAAUAUUGCAAAUGUAUAUUUCCAAGACUUGGUUGAUUCACUAUUAAAAACAAGUGUUUGGCUUGAUAUUGGAAGACCUGAAGUACUUAGUCUAAUGUGUAUAUUAAUAAAAGCUAAUUGAUCUGCA